CCCAGAAAUUGCAGCUCCGCGGCCGCGCAGCGCCUGGGCCGCCCCGCGGGGCUCCGCUGCCGCCGGAGGGGGAGCCGAGCCGCGGGCAGGGCGGGUGCCGCUUCCCUCCGCGGCGGGGACCGGAUUAAUCAUUGCAGAGCCCUCGGCCGGCGGCGCGGGGCGGGCUCCCCCGCCGCACCUCCUUCCCCCGCAGCCUGCCUGCCGCGCUGUCCUCGCCGCCGCUCACACGGGGCGCACGCAGCUGCUCGCUCCGCCGGCUCCAACUUUUUCCGCCUGUUGCGCGCUCCGAGCAUCGUGCCCGCCGCUCGCCGCCCGGCACGGCGCUCCGGCGGGGAUGGGCGCCGCGGGGCAGCGCGGCUGGUAGCCCGCUGGGCGGGCGGGCGGGCGGGGGAAGCCUGCCGGUGCUCUCCGCUCCCGCCGUUGCCGCUGUGGCUGCCCCGCGCUCGGUAGGCAUGGAGGUGCAGCUGGGGGUCGGCCGCGUCUACCCGCGGGCGGCGGGCAGGACCUUCCGCGGGGCUUUUCAGACCUUCUUCCAGAGCGUCUGCGAGGCGUUCCAGGCGCCGCGGGAGGAGCCGGGCACCAGCCAGCAGCAGCCGCCGGCGUGCGCGCCCUGCCCGCCGAGCCCCCGGCCGCCGCCGGGCUCGCCCGCCUGCCUGCCGCCCCAGGAGCCCCGCGGCGCCGGGAAGGGGAUGCCGGUCGCCGGCCCCGCCAUGGGCUCGCCCUUCCCCGGCUCCGGCGAGCUGAGGGAGCUGCUGUGCGAGGCGGGCGCGCUGCCGCUGCUGCCGCCGCCCGAGGCCGAAGCGGAGCCCAAAGAGGACCCGCUGGGCGACAGCGCCAAGCAGCUCUGCAGAGCCGUGUCCGCCUCCAUGGGCCUGGCCCUGGAGGCGCUGGAGGCGCCGGGGGAGCCGCUGCCCCGCGAGGACUGCAUGUUCGCGCUGCCCGCCGCGCCGCCCCGCGCCCCGCGCCCGCCCGCCGACCCGCCGGAGCCGCUGCCCGCCCCGGCCGCCUUCGCGGGCGCCGAGGCCGUGCUGGCCGUCGACGCGCCCGCCGGGCCGGGGCUCUACCGCGGCUCCCCGGGGCCCGCGGCGCGGCCGCCCGCCGGCUUCAGCCUGGCGCCGCCGCCCGCCCGCAUCAAGCUGGAGAGCCCGCCGGGGCCGGCGGCGGGCGGCGGCUGGGCCGUUCCGUGCCGCUACGGCGCCGAGAUGGCCCCGCCGGGCCCCGCGUCCUCCUGGCCCGCCUUCUUCGCCGAGGAGGAGCAGCUGUACGGGCCCUGCGCCGAGCCGCCCGCCGGGCCCUUCGGCUGCAGCCGCGGACCGGCAGCCGACACCGCCGACUUCCCCGCUGACGCCUGGUACCCGGCGGGCCGGGCGCCCUUCGCCGCCCCCGCCUGCAUCAAGAGCGAGCUGGGACCCUGGGCCGAGGGCUACGCCGGCGUCUACGGCGACGUCCGGUUGGACACUGGCCGGGAGCACGUCUUGCCCAUUGACUAUUACUUUCCGCCUCAGAAGACCUGCCUGAUCUGUGGAGAUGAAGCCUCUGGGUGCCACUACGGAGCCCUCACCUGCGGGAGCUGCAAGGUCUUCUUCAAACGGGCGGCUGAAGGUAAACAGAAGUACCUCUGUGCCAGCCGGAACGACUGCACCAUCGACAAGUUCCGGAGGAAAAACUGCCCGUCCUGCCGCCUGCGGAAGUGCUACGAGGCGGGGAUGACGCUGGGAGCCCGCAAGCUGAAGAAGCUGGGUAACCUGAAGACACAAGACGAGGCGGAGGCAGCCAGCUCGUCCAGCCCCACGGAGGAGCAAGCGCCCAAGAUGGUGAUGACACGCAUCGACGGGUACGAGUGCCAGCCCAUCUUCCUCAACGUCCUGGAGGCCAUUGAGCCCGGCGUGGUGUGUGCCGGCCACGACAACAGCCAGCCCGACUCCUUCUCCAACCUGCUGAGCAGCCUGAACGAGCUCGGCGAGAGGCAGCUGGUCUACGUGGUCAAAUGGGCAAAGGCCUUGCCAGGAUUUCGCAACCUGCAUGUGGAUGACCAGAUGUCAAUAAUCCAGUACUCUUGGAUGGGCCUGAUGGUUUUUGCUAUGGGUUGGAGAUCUUUCACCAACGUCAAUUCCAGGAUGCUUUACUUCGCUCCAGAUUUGGUCUUCAAUGAGUACCGCAUGCACAAGUCCCGCAUGUACAGCCAGUGCGUGCGGAUGCGGCACCUCUCCCAGGAGUUCGGCUGGCUGCAGAUCACGCCGCAGGAGUUCCUCUGCAUGAAGGCUCUGCUCUUCUUCAGCAUCAUUCCAGUGGAUGGCCUGAAGAACCAGAAGCUCUUUGAUGAACUUCGAAUGAAUUACAUCAAGGAACUCGACCGUAUCAUUGCUUGCAAGAGGAAGAACCCUACGUCCUGCUCUCGGCGGUUUUACCAGCUCACCAAGGUCCUGGACUCCGUGCAUCCUAUUGCCAAGGAUCUGCACCAGUUUACAUUUGACCUGUUGAUAAAGGCCCAUAUGGUGAGCGUGGACUACCCUGAAAUGAUGGCCGAGAUCAUCUCUGUGCAGGUUCCCAAGAUCCUGUCUGGAAAAGUCAAGCCCAUCUACUUCCACGCACAGUGACCCUCCCGAGGGACUCCGGUUGUGCCGCCGCCUCGGCCACGUCCUGCCGGUUAUUUCUGCACUACCGCACUGCAGUGCCUUGGGGAAUCCCGCCAGCCCCGCGGAUGGACGGUGAUGAACGGCGACCUGCUGGGAUUCCUGAGAUGUCUGUUUUUCCUGAGGUACCUCGGAGCUGAACUGCCCACCACGGCUUCUGCCCAGUCUGGCUGGCCGUGCUGGCACAGGGACGGUGGCAGCGGCACUGUGUCUACAUUCUCUUGUUUGUGUGCUUUUCGCAGUGACUUUUAGUGGUCCAGGGCCAUGGCAGAAAUGCCAGCAAUUGUUGGGUUUGGGCUUUUGCUAAAAACAAGACAAGAAGCAGUUGGAACCGUGAAGUUGGAGAGUGGGUUACCUUACUGGCCUCCUUUGGUACUUCUUAUUUGCAUUAUGGUGCUGGGAAGCAGGUGAAUUAAAAUAGUGCAGUAGAAAAACAGAGCAGAGUUCUGUGGAAGAGGUGAGUUUGCAUCCUGAUGACCCGGCAGGACCUGCUCUGGGUCGGAAGCUGCCGGGCAGCACCGCGAGCACAGCGCCUGCAGCCCCGCGGACCAGCGUUGACGGUAAUUAGCUGAUGCAGUGUCACAGGGUUGCCGGCAAAAGGGCUGGAGGUGACCUGCGGAGGUGCCCAGCGAUGGCGGAUGGCUGCUGUUUUCCACCUGGGAUGUGUCUCCUACAGCCAGUCAAGUGCCUGACGCCCUCAGACCUCACGCUGUCCCCUUCUGCGGUGGCACCGCAGCCCCUGCCCAGCCCCACACCGGCCCUGCUCCCCUCGGUGUCCGCAGACCUGGCUUUCCAGCUACGGAUUUUCCUUUGUCACGGCUGUUCUUUCUGCUGCCAGCAGAUGCACGUUCCCAGAGCAGAGCAGCAGGACCUGUGAGGCCACAGGACGCUGGUGGUGGGUCCUGUCCCCGGGGAGGUGGCUGUGGCACCUCUCGUGGCACUUCAGGGGUUUGCAAAGGAAUCGCCGCCAAGACCUAAUGCUUUCCUGAGCGAUGUGCGCAGCUCCUGCUAAUUGCAGUGCUUGAUUGCAGCCCAGGGUGGCACCGCCCCACGCACACCAUCCCACACCUGCUGUCCCACGGUCAGAAGGAAACGCAGACCCAUCUGAUGCUGAUGUUCAGAUCUGUUUAUUUGCUGAGCUCCGCUACAUCUACAAGGUGCCCUUAUGCCAGCAAGUCGGUGCCAGGGCACGUUUGGUUCUUUGGUGAGCGGGGGUUGUGCCGCUGCGGCACGGAGCGAUGCUCGCGGCACAGAGCGAUGCUCGCGGCACGGAGCGAUGCUCGCGGCACGGCCGUGCCCGCCCGGAGCAGCCCCGUGGGCCUCGGCACAGAGCCGAGCCCCGUCAGACGCGUGUGAGACAUCGCACCGCGCUGCCCGGUGUGAUACCAGCUGCUCCUGUUGGUCGGGUGUGUAACAGCGAAGGGAAGGAGGCUUGGGCCGCUGGCGACUGUACGGGCGGUGCAGACAACAGCGCUGGUGCCUCUGCUGCCCAGGCGGUUCGGGAGCUGUGUCGUCCUCAGCUCUGCCGGUGAUGCCCCACGGUACGUCUGGGUUCUUUGUGAACUCCCAGUAAGAACAAACACUUAAUUUUUCCUAAUACUUUUCUGUCAUGCUAUGUGAUUUUCGUUAAAGGAAGGGGUGGGGAAAAACAACUCAAAACUAUUGAAGGAGAGGAUCUUUCUUUGUGGUUAUUUGUAACGGGUUUUCCUCCCCUGCUGGAUACGGCUCUGACCGUGCUCUUCCUCCUGAAAUCCCUUUGUAUAGGUGGCAGCAGGAUCUGUAGAUAACCUUCCUGAAUGAUGGUGUUCUUAAUAACUUUUCCUAUUUUAGAGGGCAGCGAGCAUUUAAAACGUUGAUAUGAUCUACUGGUACUUGCAAAUGAACCAGUAAAAAAGAUCCUGCUGAUGCGUUCUUCUCUUCUUGAACAUUUUAUGGCUAUUAGCAGGAUACAAUAAAUAACCGGGUUGGCAGUGCCCUGAUCUCUGUCAUCAACAGGAGGAUGUUUACGAGCACUCUGAGUAGCUCCUCUGGAGAGCUUUGUGUUCUGCACAGGCUCGUGUCAGUGAGGUUUUCAUUAGCUAAUGACACUGGAGGUAUCCUGCUGGGUAAUUUUCUGCUGGCAGUUUGUGAAGAAAGUAAACUAACAAGGGUUUGCAUGCGCUGAUUUGCUGGUGGAAGCCUGGCGCAAAGGCAGAGGGGUUUGGAAGGGGCGGUGCGUGUGUGCUGUGUGCCGGAGGAGGGUGUGCAGCCCCCGGCACCGCGUUCUCUGCCCCCCCAGCGGCAAAUUCACUGCUGCCACUUCUUGGUCAAAAGUUGACUUUUUAUGAUGUUACUGGCGGGAUGAGUGCAGGAUGUGGGAACCAGGAUCACUGGCACCUCUGUGUGUAUUUGCUGGGGGGGUUAAUGCUGUUGCCUUGUUUAUUUUCAUGAGCUGCUGCAGGAACUGGGGAAAAAAAGAGACUUAAGAAAUACCAAAGUCCAGAUCCUGCCAUAUGUCUUUAUACUUUGUGUUUUCUUGUCUACUUUUGCUUUAAUAAAGCAAAAGACUGUCACCAUCUUCACAAUCAUGCAGAAGCUGUUGCUGAGGUUUCCCAGCCCCUGUCCCCAUCCCCAGCGGUUCCUCUGCUCUGGUUUAGGUAGGAGCUGUCUGGGCUUUUGUGCUGGCUUAACCCGGGUCCUGGCUCAGACCAGCAGCUCCCGCCAAAGGCAGGAGAUGAGGAACACGAGUUGCGGUCAGCCCGGGAGCAGCAUUUUUGCACAAACAGGUACAAUUUCCUGAGCUACAGGGCGCAGGUGAGGUUGUCCUUGGUUAUCACCGCUGCCGUGGUGCUGGUGCAGGUGAGGUUGUCCUUGGUUAUCGCCACUGCUGCGGUGCUGGUGCAGGUGCUGGUGCAGGUGAGGUUGUCCAUGGUUGUCACCGCUGCCGUGGUGCUGGUGCAGGUGAGGUUGUCCAUGGUUGUCACCGCUGCCAUGGCACUGGCGCAGGUGAGGUUGUCCUUGGUUAUCACCGCUGCCGUGGUGCUGGUGCAGGUGAGGUUGUCCUUGGUUAUCGCUGUUGCCGUGGUGCUGGUGCAGGUGAGGUUGUCCUUGGUUAUCGCUGCUGCCGCGGUGCUGGUGCAGGUGAGGUUGUCCUUGGUUAUCGCUGUUGCCGUGGUGCUGGGGAUGCUGGGCUGGGACCCGAGGUGUCACCUGCCAGCACUGGCUGUCCCUGCAGCCCCUGCGCUGUCACUGCACCCACUGAGCUCGCUCCCUGGGUGUUUCACUAACGUAUGUUAAACAGAUAUAUAGAUCUAUAUAUAUGAAAGCAUGCCCCAUUUUAUAUUGCUAAAGAUGUUAUCUAUUUAAUGCUCUAAGAGACUUUUUUUCUGAUUGCACAUUGAUUGCAACUAAACAUCCUUCAGGAGAUGAGUCAGUAUGUGCCAAUAUUAAUGGAAACUUUUAAUUUAAUGAUUUUUUCUGGUCGGGUGCAGCCCAGUUUCCAAAGGUCCGUCCUCCGGUGCCACGAACAGAGUGCAGACUGGCCCUGUCUGCUGUCAGGAGCUGCUUCUCCAGCUCUCUUGUAGCUGAUUCUGGUUAGACAGGGACAGUAUUUGCACCUGGGGGACGACAGUGUCCUUUAUUUCCGCCCUCUUCAACUGCACAAAGUGUCCUUGCACUUUCAGGCACAAUCCUGGGAUUCUGAGCUGGUCGCUGUUUUCUGAGUGUUUCCAAGUUGACUUUUAGAGGCACAGAAAUCCCUUCUCGACCAUGAGGGUGGCCCCUGUGCGCGGGCAGCUCACAGGACUCCUGUUCAUCCCCAUUGAACGGCAGGGGAACCCGCACUUGGGAUGGAAGAGCUGAGUAUCUGCCCCACACACACAACCACAGCAAAUUCACAGUAAGCUGCUCUCUGUGCCAGGUAUUUUGUGUUCCGUGGCAAUUUAAUGCUGGUUUUAUUUGUUAACAUGUCUCUGUAAUAAAAAGAGUUCUCUAUAUUGAUAUAUUUUGUUCUCUUUGUAAUAAGCCAAAAAGCUCAUUGCUGGUGCCUUUUUGCCUGGGAAGGACUCCCAGCCCACAGCUGUGUUCACGGGGUAACGAAGCAGGAUGUCCCCGCAGUGGCUUGUUGUGCCGUAGCUCAGUGGAGUCAUGAAGCAAACACUGCGGGAUUACCAGAAGAAAACGAACAAGUAGCCCGCGGAAUGGGCAGAGGGACUUUCGGGUACAGUGACGUGGUUCUGUCCCCAAGCUUGCCGUGUCCCGUGCUGAGCUGGAAGAGGCCUCGGCCCCGUCUCGGCGGGACGUGGCUGCACCCAGCUCCUCUGCAGGAUGGGCGAUGGAUUCGAAGCACACACGUAGCGUUUUAUUAUGGUUGCAACCCUGCAGUCUUUUCCAGUCACCUUCCAGAAAUGGCAGCGUUUUGCCUGAAUUAAUAGCAUCUGAGGCCAAAUGCUGCUCCUAAAGAAGGAUGUUAGUUGGAUUGCUGCCACUGCUCUUUUUUGUUUUAAUUGGACUGUGAUCUGGCCCUGAAUGCGCUGGAUAAAGAGAACAGAGACCUACCGUGUUGCCUGGGGUGCGUUUCUUCUCGUAAGGAAGAGGAGCCAGCCUGGCAGCGGGCCGGGCACAGGACCGCUCCCCGCGCGGGGGACACGCACAUACGUACCCGCUUCUGGACCGGUUUAGUCCCGGCUUGGUCCCACGCGGGCGCUGGGCCUGUGCCGCGCCACAGCCCACACCUGCACGCUUGGUGUUCGGCUCCUUUUGUACCCUUAAAAUCUGUUGUUGUUCUAAGCACAAUAAAGGCAGAAUCUCGUCUGCUGGGACGCUGCUCUACGUGUGUAUUCGGCUUCUGUUUCAGUAUGUGCAUGAAAAACGUUAUCUGGUGUGAUGAAUAUUAGCUCUCAAAGAUGCCAGGGACAAGUGGGUCGUUUUCCAGUGGACAGGGCUGUAUGUGGGGUUAUUCAUAUAGGCUGUUUUCAGUCAGAUUUUGCUAGUAAUCACGUCUGAACUGUUUAUUCAUUUACACAUCAAUUGACUAAUCCUUUCAUAUAUGCCUCUUUGGGUCUUUUAAAUUGAAUUUCAUUUGAUUAAUGUAUUUCUCAAAGCAAGGAGCUAAUAAAGGCCAGUGUCCUCCUC